UGCACAAUUGAAGGUAAGGGUUAGUAUCACUGGUCCUGCUAGUGCUCCGUUACCUUGUUUCUUUUCCCUUCCGUACAAGCACACUCUUCGCCCGCUAGGAAUAUGGCGACGGUGGCUACCACCGCACCGCCACCAGCACUGCUUGGACUGCUUAACUUCGACUCCCUAGUUCACAUAGACAUGUCCACACUCUCCCAAUCCGAGCUCCGCGCCCUCUCCCUCUGCUCCCCCUCCGCCUUCGAUCUCCGCCACCUCCCAAUUCCUUCCCCCAAAAUCGACCGCUCCAUUUUCAACGAAUCCGCAGGGUCCCGCCGCCAGACCUACUCCAGCCCCUCGAAUUCCACCCCCACCGCCGGCCACCGCCGCCGAGUCGCCGGGCUUCUCCCCACGACCAAGCUCCCCACCGUCCUCUCUGAUGAUCCCGAACGCGUCGAGGACCGUCACAUCAUCAGCCACCUCAAGCAUUUCCUUGACCAAGAUCCCCGUUUCGACCACUUCGAUCUAACCCUGCCGUCUAUAUCGUCCCUUUUCGUUAGCACGAAUCACGAAGAGGCGGAGCCAGACAAAACGGUCAGUUUCGGCGGGGAGAGGAAGAGGAAGAGGGGGAAGAAGCCGAAAAUGAAGGUGCUGCAGUUGGAGGAGGGGUAUGGGAGCGGUGUAAUGGACAUUGUUAAUAGGAACGGUGUGGCGGUGGAUCUUGCGGCGUUGGAAAAUUUGGAAGACCCGUAUGGAGAAGAAUUAAGGAGGAGGACUCUCGGGAUGGAGAGGGAGGAUGAGUUGCUGGGGUUUAUGAGAGAAUUGGGUGGGCAAUGGGGGAGUAGGAGGAAGAAGAGGAAGAUUGUGGAGGCUGGCGUGUUCGGGGAUGCCUUUCCGGUCGGAUGGAAGCUACUACUGGGGAUCAAGAGGAGAGACGGGCGCGCCUCAAUUUACUGCCGCAGAUAUAUAAGCCCUACUGGACAACAGUUUGUAUCCUGCAAGGAUGCUGCUUCAUAUCUGCUGUCCUUUUUUGACCUUAGUGAUGCACGAUGGGCCAGUAGCCAGAAGGGUGAAAAUACUCGACAGGACUUCAGAUUGACUUCGGAAACUAAGCUUGCAGGCUUCAUCCAAAAGGACGAAAACCGACAGCAAGGAGUGAUUUCUAGUUCAGCUCCAACCAGAAUUCCUAUAUCUUCUGAACAGGCGAGGGAAGCAACCUUAUUUGGAAUGGAAAAUCUUGCAGAUGUCCAGAUAGAUGAUAUAUUUGAAUGUCACAAGUGCAGCAUGACCUUUGACGAGAAGGAUUCAUAUCUGCAGCACUUGUUGUCCUAUCACCAAAGGACCACGAGAAGGUAUAGACUUGGUUCUUCCGUUGGGGAUGGAGUGAUAAUCAAAGACGGCAAGUAUGAAUGCCAGUUCUGCCAUAAGGUAUUUCUGGAAAGGCGUCGCUAUAAUGGUCAUGUUGGGAUACAUGUGAGGAAUUAUGUGAGGAGGGUUGAAGAAUUGCCUGGUCCAACAACUCUUCAAAAGAGAAUUGAGCCUCCAAACAGGGAUGAUGUGCCUUCAAGGAUCUCCAAAAUGGAUGCUUUGAUUGAAAUUGCUCAGAAUUCUAUUCUAGAGACUUCUACCGUCAGACCUAAUGAUGAAUCCAAUGGUGGUUCCACUUCUGAUCAACCAAAUUUUGUUUCCAUUCAAGAAAUUUCAGCUGCUAAUUCCAAUCAUGAAAUGAGUCUUGGUUCUCUUAGUGAAGAGGAAAUGGAUGAUGGUAUGACUGACAUAACUCUGGAUCAAGAUUUAAAUGAGCAAGAUGGUGAGCAUAUGAUCAUUGAAGAAAAUAUGGAGAUUGAUAAUUCUAAUGAAGCAGUUGAUUCUAAAAUGGAUUCUCGUUUGGAUGCCACAACUCUCUUACCAGCAGAAGAGAAAAAUGGUAAUACACCUAAAACUUCAUGUGAAAAGGAGGGCUUGGUGGCUAUCGAUGAUGAAAAUGAUAAUCCUGAGGUUGAGCAGGGGGAAGUUCCUGAAGGUCAUUUACUUGAUCAAUUUGACAAUCAUAUUGUUUCUGAUGCUAAGGAUAACAUAAAUUUCUUUUGUACUAGCACUUUGGAUCCUCCAACACUUGGUGAAGUUGAUAAUAAUAGUAGCAAGCUAAAAGUUGGCUUUGGUGGCCACAACGAUGGGCCAGCCAAUAAUAUUGUGACAGAAACUGUACAGAAAUCUUCUGAAGAAAAUGCACUCCAGUGUGGUGUUUGUGCUCCCUUAAUGUCCCCAGAGCCACCUUUGCAACAUUUUCCAACAUUCAAUGCAACCUCUGAUAAGGGAGAAGAACAUUUGCAGGGUGACCGAAGGCAUGACAAUAGAACUGGGUUUGAGGAGCUGAGAUUUGAUGAAAUAGAACCCAAGUAUGGUUCUGCAACUGCACAAGAAUCUCUUUCCAUGCAAGAGGUACCCGUGAUUUUGGCGUAUAAUGAAGAGAUGGAUGGGGCAUAUGGUUCCUCCGUCCAGUUUGGGUCUUUGGAAGAAGUCGUGUUAAAUAUGGCCGACGGAAAUCAGGUUACAACUAACUGUGUAUGGUGUGGAGUGGAGUUCAACCAUGAGGCUGCGGUUGCUGAAAUACAGCCAGAUUCUGUUGGGUUUAUGUGUCCAACCUGCAAAGCAAAAAUCUCUGGGCAACUUAAUGUACUUGACGGUGGCUCACCAUUGAACUCCCCUCAUCUUCCACACAACUAAAAACCAGACUUGGCAGCUGCAAUUUCAUCGGACAGAAUAGUCCUAAGUUCAUUGUCAUGGGCAAAAUGUACAAGAGCUUAAUAGGUGGCAAGCUGCAUCUCUCAUAGAGCAUCACACGGUGAAGCUGGUUGACCCGGGGGACGCAGAUCUUUCAAGUCUUUUACCCUGCAUAAUAUUCUAAUACUUUAUUAUAUACAUAAGACAUUAAUUAAUGUAGUUUCCCUUGAGUUGAAAGGUAUAGCAUCUAAUCCCCUGAAAUGAAAUUCAACAAAAAAAUAAAUAAAUUGUUCCACUGAUUCCUUUGGAGGAGGGAAACUUUAUAGCCUUGCACCCAAUUCAAUUAUCCGGACUGAUUGCAUGUGCGCACAAGUCUUUGUAAUUAAGUUUAGUGUCUCUUCCCAUUUGCAAGGUGGGUUUAGUUGAACGUGUGAAAUGGCCGCAGAGUCUGGCCAGCUUUGGGAA